AUGGAAUUUUGCCAGACAUCUAACUGUGCCCAUAGUCCAAUAGCCGUUUGUUUACAUUGUCAAGGAUAUUUAUGUGUUGAACAUCUUUUACAACAUAAUGAAGAAUUAAUAUGUGAAGCAAAUAUGUAUUGUGAUGAAUUUAAUAAAAUAACUGAAGAAAUUGAAAAUAUGUCAUAUAAUGAACAAUUUAGAUCAGCUGAAGAAGAUUUAAAUGAUUGGAUAAAUGAUCAAAUGAAACAGUUAGAUAAAAUUUAUGAAGAAAAACUAUUUGAAUUAAAACAAGCACAUUCGAAAGUUGAUGAAAAAUUAAAGAAAUUUAAACAAAUUCAACAGUCCAAAUUAACUAGUAUAAAACGUCGAUUAUUUAAUUCGCAAUUAAGUAAACAAAUAGGUGUUGAACAAUUAAAUCAAAUGAAAACAGCUGUUGAACAAUUACGUGAAGAUGUUCAUCAUUUUAAAACAAAUCAAUGUUCAAUCAAAUUAGUUAAUAAUGAUCAAAUGAAUUAUUCUUACAAACCAAAUAUUGAUAUACAAUUAAAAAAGAAUAUAACAAAUGAUAAUGAAACUAUUACUAAAACUGAUAAUGAUAUAAAUCAAAUAUAUAAUUCGUCAAAAAAAUCUCAAUUACGGGCAGAUGCUAAACCAUUUGAAUAUAUUCCAAAAGAGCAAAAUUAUGAUUCUCUUUCGUCUAUUCGACAAAAAGAUUUUCCAGGUCGAUUAUUCGAUGAAUAUGCUUUAGUUGAAUCAAUAAAUAAUAUGUCUUGUUCAAAAGUUAGUCUUGACGAAGUAAUUCGUUUUACAUCACGCACAGCUGGUCGUGAUAAAAUUUAUCGUAUAAUUCAAUAUGCAUCACGUUUUAUUGCCUGGUAUUGUAUAAAAAAACGACGUGUCGUAAAUGUUGAACGACUAAUUGAAUUAUUUCAAAAUUUAGAAUCAGUGAUGAGUUUAACUCGAAAAGGAAUGCGUCUUGGACGCUUUGUUGAUUAUGUAAAAAGUGUUUUGGAAAGUUUUCAUAUACGAAAUAAACGUAUUGGAACAUUAUUUGGUUUAAUUGCUGUUUGUCAAAGUUUAUUUAUGUUAUUUGACAAUCUCUUAUUACUUCAUCGUUUUAAAAUUAUUUAUUUUAAAUAUCCGCAACAUUUACAACAAUAUCUUAAUCAAGUAUGGCUACUAUGGUUAUCAUUAGCAUUAACACGUGAUUAUUAUGAAAUGCAAGCAUCAUUUGCUGUUGGACAACAUAAUCAUCAACAAAAACAAGACAAAUCAUUAAUGAGACGUGCAACUAUAUUUUGGACAAAUAAACCAUUGGUUAUUGAUACGUUUAAAAAUUUAUGUGAUCUUUAUAUACCAUUAUCAAAUUUGAAUAUUGUUCGUGCUAAUAAUGGUUUACAAGGUCUUGCUGGAACAAUUGCAUCCAUUUUAGGUUUUCUGCAAUUAUGGGAUAAGACUUAUCAAUUACCAGCAUAA